GAUUAGAGAUUAAGACCUGAAGCCAGGUCUUAAUGUCGCGAUUGAAACAAAGCAAUUCAAGAAUCGUGUCAGUCUCAUGAAGCAAAAGUUGGACGAAAUCAAGCUGGACUUGCCAUGGAUUGAGAGGUUAGAUAUGGUGAAUGCACCAGCACCAUUGGCACCUGAGUUAGCGCUGCAGAUGCAGGAGCAAGAAGUGAGACACUCUAAGCAGUUGAAAGGAAACAAAAAGCUACCGCAGUAUGAGCCAUCAGAAGAUCCUAUUUUAAAUGAUUUUCGCAGGGAAACUAUGUUUCAUCGUCAAGCUCAAGGUGCCGUUAUGGAUGGCAUUGCUAGAUUAAAGAAACUCAGAGUGCCAACACUUAGGCCAGAUAACUAUUUCGCAGAAAUGGCCAAAGCUGAUCAGCACAUGCAAAAAGUGAGGGAUAAUCUGAUGAAGAAACAAGUUAUUGCCCAGAGAUCGGAGAGAGUCAGGCAACUGAGGCAACAGAGGAAGAUAGACAAGCAAAUGCAAGUUGAGGCGACAUUGAAGAAACAAGCAGAGAAGAAGAAAAUGCUUGAAGAGGUCAAAAAGUAUCGUAAGGGUAUACGACAAGAUCUUAAUUUUCUCGAGGAGAAGAAGAAUGUACAACAUAAACAGCGGUGA